CUGUUUCUCGCAGUGAGGCAGAGCGAGGAGGAGGAGGAGGCGAGAUGGCGCUGCGAACGUGGGAGCGGCUGUCGCGCGUCUACCAGCAGUACCUGCUCGUCACGGCGCUCUACAUGCUGGAGCCCUGGGAGCGAACCGCCUUCAAUUCGUUCCUGCUGGCGGUGCUGGGCAUGGCCGUGUACACGGCCUACGUCUUCAUGCCACAACACAUCUCUGCAGCGCUACACUACCUGCAGCUGAUGUGACCAUGGCUGUCCGGCCAGAGCCGUCUCUGUGCGAGGGGCCCCCAAGAAGUGCGCACGACCCGAGCGAGCGUGCAAGAGCCAGCCCAGCCUGUUCUCCCUGUCCCGUUGGAGACCUGCUCAAAAUUUCCAUCUUCACCAAAACACAUGCCUUGUUAUGCUAUCGCAUUGAGGACCAACUGUGUGCAUUUUUACAAGUCUGUUGUACAAGUACAGAUAUAUUUUUCAGGAAUCCCCCCCAUCCUGCCCAUGUUUUCUGAAAUAGUAUUUGUAUGACUGACUACAUUGUUAAUUUUUAUUUAUUGUUUAUUCAGAGGGUUUCUGAAUGUUGCAUGCAGUGGCUGUGCUUUUUUACUUUAGGUUUGUGAGUGAUCCAAAUCGCACGCUUGAAAAGGUGACGACGCAAGUUUCUAACAUUUUGUGGUGCUUUUAAACAGCGGUUAACUGUAAAGCAUUCCAACAAAAUUGCUGUAUUCUAAGCGGUUAUCUAAUUGUUUAUUAAAAUGCUUUACAAUGAAAUACUAAUUUAUUACAUUGCUGCAUUUUAAUAAAUUAUUUCAAUGCCUUGUAGCGAGUGAUUUAUACAAAUGUAACCAGAAACUAAUGUCACCAGUUUCUUGUAAAUAACGGCAUUGUAGCUGCUGUUGAUUGGGAGCCGGGAGGAAUUUCGACUCCCCCAUAACUUCGCUUAGUUUCUGACUCGCUGCAGCGAAUCGCAUUCACUUAAUGAUGUGGACAAGUAAUCGUCGGCAGUGCAGAAAUGUGAAAAUACGCAGCCUUUAUACCCAGUGUAUGAUAUAUUUAAGAAAUGUGUAGCGUCUGGAGAGUAGUGUGAACGAUUUCAUUUUGUGUAACUGUUUUGUGUCUGAAUUGACAGAAUUGCCCUGAUGAGUCAGUCGCAUGUCAAUAAAUCAUACCUGUUCCAAGCA